GGCAGCCCCGGUGGUGGCGGCGGCGGCGGCAGGCGAGGAGAGGGAGGCAUCGUGGGAAGGUCGGGACCCAGCCCUUGUCCCGCCGCCGCCGCGGGAGACGCGACGGGCGAGUAGCGGCGUCUGGGCGAGUAAGAGCCCCACGGGGGUGUUGGCCUUGCGCGCGGUUGGUUUUCCUUCGGUACAGCCCAGUCGGGGCUCAGCGUGGGGACUCAUCGGCUUGUGGUCACCAUGGCUGCAGUGGAUCGUUUCUACCUCAUGUACAGAGAGAUCAGUCGUUCCUGCAGCUUUUACAUAGAGGCCCUGGCUAUAGUUGGAGCUUGGUACACAGUCAGGAAGUGUGCCUCUCUUGCCUUUGACACUUACAGCAUGCUCAGGUUGCACGUGGUUCCAAAGCUGGGCGGUGAGAUCGACCUUGUCAAGCAGUAUGGAAAAUGGGCCGUGGUCACUGGUAGCACAGAUGGCAUAGGGAAGGCAUAUGCUGAGCAACUGGCAAAGCGUGGUGUCAACAUCAUCUUAAUCAGCCGGAACAAAGAGAAGCUGGAGGCUGUAUCUAGGAGCAUAUCUGAAACCUAUAAAGUCGAAACAGAUUUCAUAGUAGCUGACUUCAGCAAGGGGCGUGAGCCUUACCCAGCCAUUAAGGAGGCUCUGAAAGAUAGAGAAAUUGGGAUUUUGGUGAAUAACGUGGGAAUAUUUUAUCCCUACCCGGACUAUUUUACCAAUGUGUCUGAGGAGUUGUUGUGGGACAUGAUACACAUAAAUAUUGCUUCUGCUAACAUGAUGAUACAUAUUGUGCUGCCAGGCAUGGUAGAGAAGAGGAGAGGGGCAAUUGUGAAUGUUUCUUCUGCAUCCUGUUGUCAGCCAACACCAAUGCUGACCAUCUAUGGAGCCUCUAAAACCUACUUGGACUAUUUCAGUAGAGCACUACAUUAUGAAUAUGCCUCUAAAGGAAUUUUUGUUCAGAGUUUAACUCCAUUCGUAAUUGCUACAAAAAUGGUGGCAUGCAGCAGCACAACAUCAAAGAGAUCUUUCUUUUUUCCUUCUGCUGAAGAGUAUGCAAGUCAUGCCAUUUCGACUCUUGGGUUAUCUACAAGGACCACUGGCUACUGGAAGCAUGCAAUAAAGUUCACGCUGGGUGAACGCCUACCUGAAUGGAUCUGGGCAUGGUUUGCACAGUAUUUUGGCAGAAUUAUACGCAAGGAAGCUUUAACGUGCAAAGUGAAAUAGGAACAUUCAGAUGUCCUGCAUAUUGAGUUUUGUAUUUUGAUCCCAGUGCUGCAACAAUGUUCAGUGACACUCAGUGGAUGUACUGUACCUUAUGUAUACCUUAGAAAUCAGAACCCCUCUCAGUAUCAUUGUAUUAAAUAACUUCUCUGCCCCUUCAUGUUUUAUUUAAAAACACCUGUUUGUUUCCUGUGAUAAUAAAACAACUUCCUAAGGUUUU